GUGACCAAUUACAAUCAUGUUCCCCAUCUUCCACCUCUUCCAGGUAGUGUGCUGGCUGGCUCCAUAGACUGUCUGGAGGCGGAGCGGGGCUGUGUGCAGGAUCAGGGCUGUACGGGGGUGUACAGGGUGCUGGAGUACUGUGCUGCUGAGGAGGCUGUGUCGCCACUGGGCCCAGACGCCCGACGCGAGUGCCUGGAGGCCCAGAGCGCCCUGCAGCAGUACCACCCCCUCCAGGCCUGCAAGUGCCAGCGCGGCUCCCGCCGGGAGGAGCUCUGCCUCAGGGUCUACUGGACCGUCAGAUUCGCUGGUGUGUUUGACUGUCUUUAUGUUUUGUCUUUUAUGUGUUCGAUUGCAUUUGUGUGUGUGAGAUGUUUUCUGUCCUCAUGGCCUCCGUGUUUUCACAGUGUAUGAUGAGAAUGAGGUGUCUCCGUAUGAGGAUCUGGAGGUGGAGUUUGUGAGGCACAUAGAGAUGUCACGCAUGGCCUCCAUCAUGGCAGGUAAAUAACAUCUACCUUCUCUCUGAAUAAUGACAGUCUGGGAUGUUUGUGCGGUCCAGAAUCAUAUAUUUUAUGAUUUUGUCUUCCUUUCUCUCUUAUUCAUUGCCCCUUUUCCCAAAACACAAUCACCUUCAAACAUUCUUCUCUGUGUUAUCUUCCUCUCCUCACCCUGCCACUCCUCCCUCUCUUCCCAGCUUCCUCUCUGCCUCUGGAUGGGCAGAACCAGUGUCUGAAGGCAGCCCAGGACUGUGGUCUGUAUGAGAAGUGUGGUUCUCUGAGGUCGGAGUAUGUUGUGGCCUGCACCAAGCGGCCUCCGGGCUCCGACGGCAGCUGUAACAGACAGAAGUGCCACCGGGCGCUGCGUCGCUUCCUGGAGCGGGUACCAGAGGAGUACAGCUUCGCUCUGCUCUUCUGCCCCUGCUCCGAUGCCCUCUGUGGGGAGCGCCGGCGGAAGACCAUCGUACCGUCGUGUUCCUAUGAGGAGAGAGACGGCAAGCCCAACUGCCUCAGCCUGCAUGGCUACUGUGCCAGGGACGAGCUGUGUAGGUGA